AUGCCACUUGCGAUGGCCUUCGUCGACUACUACAAGGCCUUCGACAGCGUGGAGAUCAACGCCGUCUUGAAUGCUCUUGCCUCCGCCGGAGUCGCCACGAAGUACGUCGAGCUGAUCGCCAACAGCAACGAGGGAACGUCCACGACCAUCCAGCUGUUCGACAAGAAGCUUUCGAUCCCCAUCAGGAAAGGUGUUCGCCAGGGAGAUACCAUCUCCCCCAAGUUGUUCUCCACGGCACUAGAAGACGCGAUGCGCCAACUUGGAUGGGACGAAGAGCACGACUGGGAAGACAGUACAGACAUCAGAGGCAUCAACAUCGACGGCAAGGUCCUCACAAACCUCCGCUUCGCCGACGACAUCGUACUCUUCUCAAGCUCCACCACCGAACUGUCCUCCAUGCUGAACGAUCUGGACGAAGUCGGCAAGAAGAUCGGCCUUAAGAUGAACGUCAAGAAGACGCAGUGGAUGAAGAACCGCUUCUGCGACCAAGGCAAAGUCACCCUUGAGGGCCGCGACCUUCAGGAGGUCACAUCCUACAUCUACCUUGGCCGGGAAGUAAACAUGGUGAACGACCUGCAAGCAGAGAUCGGCAGACGCAAACGCGCUGGAUGGGCCGCCUUCAACUCCAUCAAAGAAGUCACCAGUCAGCUGAAAGACCCGAAACUGCGAGCUCACAUCUUCGAAGCGUCGAUAAUCCCUGCCAUCUCCUACGGUACCGAAGUUUGGCCUGACACGAAGAAAAAAAUGCAACCGCCCUACGAACUUCCUACCGCGCACUGGAACGUGCUCUCAUCGGCACCACUCGCUUUCGAGCAGUGGAAAAAAAGAACAGAGGAGCACAGACCUCCGUCAACUAUCCCAAAUCCGGGAUCUAGAAGAGCACAUACAACGCGGGAAACAUCGUUGGGGCGGCCACGUCAUCCGCAGACAAGACGACCGCUGGUCCACGAGAUUAACACUCUGGAUUCCGAGAAACAUCAAGCGCCCACUCGGGCGCCCACCGACCAGAUGGACGGACUUCUUCCGCAAGAACAUCAGUCAGCCAGGCCGCCACUGGAUGACCGUCGCGCAAGACCGAGCCGCCUGGAGAACGUGUGGUCCACGCUGAGAACAUCAGCGAAGAUGGACCAUCAAAGUAUCAAAGUAAGUAUCAAGGCGUUUUUGAAAGCUUCCUGUCGGUUAAAAUCCUAA